AUGGAGCCGUCCGACGGGACUGUCCGUACACCCGAGGCCGCUCCCGCGCCAGGGUCUCUGCGGGCUGCUCCUGUGCAUGCAGGGACGGGAGAAUCCGAGACAGCGUUUCCAGCUGUCCCCGCGAAAGAAGAGCGGGGGGAAUCCGGAGGCAGUUUCCAGAGCGCUGCAUGCCUCUGUGGACCCGCAGAACACCCUGAAAAGACCCCGAGAGAAGAGAAAGAGGAGAAAAAAGGAAGGGAAGAGCCAUAUGCGUCUCCUGCGGACGGUUCGGCGGUGCCAGAGGCGAAGACUGAAGGGACAGGAGCGGAAAAGACAGACAGUGGAGUUCCUGGAGAGGAAACGACUGCAAAGCAGGAAAGCGGAGACAGUCUGGACGAAGAACGAGGACCGUCCCGCUUGAAGUUCCCCUCCUACGACGACUUCUUGAGAGAGGAAGAAGAAGAUCGAAACGCUGAAGAGCCAGACGAAGAAGAACCUGGAAAGGCAAAUCUCGAUGCCGCCUUCGAGUUGUUCAUGAGCGAAGUCAAAGACAUGCCUGCAGUCACGGGAAAGUCGAACGGACGAGGGAAAAAGGAGGCGCGAACUGCGAUGCGGAAAUUCAAGAGUUCUGACGAGGAGUGCCUUCGCCUCACCUGUCAGACUUUUCCUUCGCCUUUCCAGGUUCUUCUGCUUGGCCCGGAGGCCUCUGAGGAUGACAUCCGCAAGCAAUACAGGAAACUGUCUCUCCUCAUCCACCCAGACAAAUGCAAACAUCCGAAUGCGCAGGAGGCCUUCCAAGUCGUCAAUAAAGCGUACGAACAACUGCAGAGGCCGGAAAUGCGCGAGAAAUACCGAGACGUCAUUGAAGAGGCGAAGCGCCGGGUGCUCAAAGAAAAUGCGAAGGAGAACAAAAAGCGGAGAACGCAGAGCAUUGACGUGCCUCUGCUGUCCGAGGACCCUGAGGAACUGCAGACAGAAAUCAUGGAGAUGUGUGAAAAGCUGUUGGAGGAGACGCGAGAGCGCCGCGAAUAUGCAGAGCGCACCAGGCAGGCCAACGAGCGCUACGAGAAGGAGCAACUGGAGAAGCAGGCGAAUGAGGAACUCGAAAAGUGCAGAGAGAGGAAAGAGUGGCUGGACAAACGCGACGAGCGCGUGGGUGCGUGGAGAGAAUAUCAGAGUGCCAUCCAAGCGAAGGACGUGACGCUUCAAGCUUUCACGGGAGUGAAGCACCGAAGAGAAGAGCGAAAGGAAGACGACCUCGUCCGCAAGAAGAAGCAAAUGCAGGGAAUCGACACUUCCUACAAAGACAGCUGGCGGUGA